CAAACUCAAUGAGUUGACUCAUGAUAAAAUGAUCCAAAAAUUAAAGGGAAAGAGCAAAUUGCUUUGCUAUGCACAUCCUAAUGUCAAUUUUUUAAGUUGUAGAAAAAAGGAAUGAUUGAGGAGUAAUGACUUUCAAGUCCAUCUUACACACCAGCAAAAUCAAUGGGGGUGCAGAGAGAGAUAAAGACAUUUGUGUAAUAUUUUCUAAGUUAUAAGGGCAUUGCCAUAAACCUUUUCUUUAAAUACGACACCUUUGCACUUCAAACAUCCUCCACUUAGAAACUCAACUUUCAUAUUAAGUUUUCUAUUGUAAGCAGCUACACAGAAAGUCAUGGGGAAUUGCUUAGUUCUGGAAGAGAAGGUGAUCAGAGUCAUGAAAACUGAUGGAAAAAUCCUUGAAUAUCAAGCACCCAUCAAAGUUCAACAAGUGUUAUCAGACUUUUAUGGUCAUGUACUAUCUGAUUCUUUUUCAGGCUUCCAGCAUCUCCAGCCAGAUGCAAAGUUGCUUCCUGGGCAGUUAUUAUUACUUAUACCUGUUCCAUUACCAUCCCAAAAGAGUAAGAAAAAGGUGAGGUUCUCAAAUCCAGAGGUGAAUGAUGAGCAAGAAAGUGCUGUCGUUAUAAGAAUUAAGUUGAUAAUCAGUAAGCAAGAAUUGCAAGAGCUGCUUCAAAAGGAAGGAGUGUCAGUUCAGAAUAUGGUCUCUCAGAUACAUAGUAAACAAAGCACAAAUGGAAUUGACACAUCUGAUGCUGAUGAUAACUGCAAAGGGUGGAAGCCUGUAUUAGAAAGCAUAGCUGAAGUGAACUAGUAAAGCAUAUCAUGUGUGAAACUAAUCCCACUAUUCUUAGCCAUAUUUAUCUUACAGACAAGGAAGAUAUAUAUAUAGAUAUAUAUAUGUGUGUGUGUGUGUGUGUGUACUGCAACAAUAGGCUUGUCACCGCAACAAUAUAUAAUGUCUCCUCUAUGAAAUCAGCAGAUAAAACGAUAAGCGCGCUUGAAUCCAUGUCCUUGUGAACAUCCAUUAAUUUUGUCAUGUUUUUUCUUCAUUUAAAUGGCGUCAACCACCCGGUUAAACGAAGCAAAAAGGAAUAUCGAUUUCUCUAGCACAUGCUAAGUCAAUGAACUAAUAAGUGAACCUUGAAACUGGGCAAAAUACAACAGUAAUGGGAAUAAAUGCCUUUGUUUCUUUUUCUAAAUAAUGGAAAUACCUAUAUUUAAACCAAUACUAUCCCCCUUCCAGCCAACAAAAUGCACAGGUUUUUAUUACCAGGUCUCAAAUUCAAAAGCUAGUGCUUCUGAUGCCUCAACGGCAUGGUACAUGCUAUUUUUAGCCAAUACUCAUCGGUAAAAGCCCCAACCAUU